AUGAUUCCUACUAUUGUUGUUAACGACUAUGAUGCGAUUCCUGCUACUGUUGUGAAAGACUACGGAAACUUCAACUCCCCAAUACCGGUCCAGGAUACUCCAUACCCAGGUGUUCACUCGAUUAUUGCGCUUGGUUAUCCUUUCGAAGAAGAAGAAGAUGGGAAGGAACUAAUCUUUGAAGCUCUGUCCGAUAAGUGUAUCGACGAGCUGAGGCAAGUCAGCGACUUUUACGACAACAAAGAAGCCAUCGAAAUGGGGCUAUAUGAAGAGUUUGAGAAGUGA